AUGUCCACGAAACCCUGGUUACGGAUGCUCCCGAGGAAGUCAUUCCUCGACUCCUUCUACAACUGCAAUUCUGUCAAUUAUGCUAGAGAUGGCUUUCUAACGUCUCAAUCUGCCGAAUUCGUCAAUCCACACCAUCACAUGGUGAUUUCAGAUACUGUCUGGCAAGACUUUGAUGCCGAGACGUUGGCGGGUAUGAGCGAUUCGAAGAUCUUGUCCAAGUUUACGUCGGGAUUCUUCGGGGGAUUUGUGUUUGGUAUGGAGGACUUUACACAAGACGCACAUUUACCUGAGAUAUGGAGAAGCUCAGAGGUGCCCGACAAUGAGCUUUGCGACGUUGGCACAAAGCUAUUCGGUACUUUCCAACUCCUCAACAAACAUAUCUCUGAACCGUCUGGUUCCGAAAUGAGCUACGUCGACUAUGGCUUUGGCUCGGACAACUACUCCUUUGCGGGAUGCCACCGCUUCAGCGUCACAAGGCAUCAAGCUACUCCAGAUUCGACAUCCGAAACGGAGCAGUCAAAAUCUCAAAUAAGAAUCAGUCUGGAAGGAUUUACUUGUAAUCCAUCAACGAAUAAACCACCUGUCCCGGAGAUAGGGAAGUGGUUCCAUGCUCUUUAUGCUAGAGCUCUGUUCGCGAAUGGUGUUCAGGCCAUCUUGGAAAGCCGUCGUUCUGGGUGA